AUUGACAUAAGUGAAUAAAAAUCGUACAGUUAUGGCGGGGGAAAAGAGAAAGGAUGAUAAUAGUUGAAGAGUAGGGACUUCUGGAAAAGAAGAGGAAAGUAUUGAAUCAACGUAGAAGCUAGUAUGAGACACAAGAUAAACCUCUAGAGGUGGAGGUGUAGAACUGACAAUCGUGACCAGAUCGUGCAGUCCUCGCUCGUGAACUCGGCGAUCACGAUCGAGUACUCAUGUACUCGUCGUGUUAUUUCUGUACGGAAAAGCUCCAAGUCACAACAAAUAUUAACUUUGCAGCCAAAAGUGUUAAUUAGAAUUGUUUGAUUUAUCUAUUUUCACUUUCUUAUGAAUAUUAUUGUGUAUGAAUAGUGUGAAUUUUCACGUAAUUUUCAAGUGAAAGCUUAAAAUUAAGUGAUUAAGUGUCAAAAUUGUGAAAAAUCAUUUUCACGAAUUGAAAGUACUUUUAUAGCUGAAUUUUGUGAUUAAUUAAAAGAUUGUGGGUCCUGCGGGACCCUACAAGAGACUGGAAAAAUUUAAAAUUUUUAUUAAACGAUAUCGAAAUAAACUUUCCGAAUGGUUAAUGACGUGAUGAGCGAAUACGAGCGGAUCAAGCGGACAUGCUUGAAACGCAGUGAACUGUGGGAGGAUCCAGUAUUUCCGGCGACUCAGGCGUCAGUUUUCUACCAUCAAACACCACCAUUUCAGUUUCAAUGGAAGAGGCCGAAGGAGCUGUGCAAUCGUCCAAUUUUUGUAAGCGAUUCUCCAACACAGUUCGAUGUCAUUCCUGGAAAAAUGGGUGACAAAUGGCUUGUUUCAUGUUUGGGAGUUCUUCAUUUGAGUAAAGGCUUAUUUUAUCGAGUUGUACCAGCCGAUCAAGGUUUUGGUAAUUUGGGAGAAGCAUCUGGAUCACCCACGUCAGAGUAUGCUGGAGUUUUUCGUUUCCGGUUAUGGUGGUGUGGCACUUGGGUUGAAGUGCUGGUUGAUGAUCGACUUCCAGCAGUUCAUGGUCGGCUUGCUUUUAUUCAAAGCCGUCACAGCGACCAGUUUUGGCCUGCCUUGUUGGAAAAAGCAUAUGCAAAACUGCACGGUUCGUAUGAAGCACUCAAGUAUGGUACUCUCUUGGAUGGACUUUCUGAUCUCACUGGCGGCAUAACUGAAAGUAUUGCCAUACGUCAAGAUCCAACUGGAUGUGGAAGAGCACUCGCUAAACUUCUUGACAUGACUUCUUUAAUUACUUGCACCGUCAAUAAUAAUAACAAUAAUCAACAACAGCAAAUUCGUACAAGCACAGAAAAGCUUGCUAAUGGAAUUCAAAUGGGCAUUAAUUACAGGCUUUAUGCUGUGGAAAGGGUAGAAACGUUUGGAGGUGAAGCAGUUCAAUUAGUAAAAUUACGAAAUCCCCUUGGUCCAGGUGGAGAAUAUAUUGGAGCGUGGGCUCGAGGUAGUCUUGAAUGGGAUGAUGUCCCAAUUGUUGAAAGAGAUCGAUUGUCUGUAAGGAAUAUGGCAGAAGGAGAGUUUUGGAUUUCUUAUUCAGAUUUUGUCAAAACUUUUACACAUUUAGAAGUUGUUCAUUUGGAUGCAGAAACGUCAAGAGAUGAACCUUCUUUACAUAGUAAACAUACAUGGCAAAUGAAGUUAUAUCAAGGUAGUUGGAGGAGAGGAGUUACUGCCGGAGGAUGUCGGAAUAAUCAAGAGACCUUUCAUAUAAACCCACAACUUCACCUAAUUUUAAGCGAAAUGGAAGAAGUAAUUGUGUCGUUGAAUCAACAUUCAAUAAUGGAACCAAAGGUAAUUGGUUUUACAGCAUACACUUUGUCAAAAAAUAGUACAGAGUCAAUAAAUAGACAAUUUUUUAAAAAGAAUAAAUCUCUCAUCAAUUCGCAAUAUACAAAUAGUCGACAAGUGAGUCAUCGGUGUCUUCUUGAGCAAGGUGGAUAUUUACUUAUACCUACGACUUUUGAGCCGGGACAAGAGACUAAUUUUACAUUCAGAGUUUAUAGCAGUAAGCCUUUAAAACUUAAGCUUUUAGAUACUGUUCCAACUUUAAUCAAAUCAGCCAUAGUUAAAGCUCCUGCUCUUGAAGGUAAAGGAUUUUCACAAUAUGAAGCUGUUUUUCUACAAUUAGCUGAUGAACACAAGACUGUAAAUGCCUUUGAAUUACAAGAAUUAUUGGAAGCUUGUCUUCCAAAUGGUAAUAUUGAUUAUAUUAAAAGCUGUGCAUCUAUGGAAGUUUGUCGUCAAGUAGUUCUAACAAUGGAUAGCUCUGGUAGCGGCAGGCUUGAAUUUAACGACUUCAAGGAUUUGAUGUGUAGUCUCAAAUACUGGCAAGCUGCUUUUAAAAAUCACACAAAAGAAAGAACAGGUAUUCUCAAGGCUGAAAGACUACGUGACGCACUUUUGGAAGUUGGAUUUCAAUUGAAUACUGAAGUUUUGGCUGUUCUGAUUCUUCGGUAUAUGAGAAAAGAUGGUACUUUGAGAUUUGGAGAUUUUGUUUCAGCUAUUCUCCAUUUAAGUGAUGCAUUUGCAAUUUUUGAAGGAAAAGAUCCUUUACAGAAUGGAAGUAUAAAACUUACUCUUUCAGAGUGGUUGCGAUCAUCUCUAAUGUGCUGAAAUAGCAAAAUUAAAAAAAGCGUAACGCAGUUUCUUGUAAAUAAUACAUUAUGAAGAAAUUAUUCUCAUGGGCCAUAAUCGAUUAACUGAGAAUUCUACUUUCUUCAUUUUUUAUGAUCUUUUAUAAAAAAAAUUAAUCUUUGUAAAAAAUACUAUUUUUUAUAAACACUUAUUUUUUAACUUAAAGUAAUAAAAUUG